AAGUGAACAGAUUUUUUUUUCUCUGCGGAAGAAAUGAAAUGCUCUGACCAAUUCUUAAUAACACUUGUUUGGAGCAUUUUCCUGUUUUCCACAGUGAGGGAAAAAGAAAAAGAAUCUAUGAUCUAUGAACUCUCCUCAAAUGUUGGAGUAAGAGUAGCAUUUUGCUCAUAUAAAUCCACUUCCAAACCCAAGAAAGGGCUGCAAAUCCAAUUCUCUUCUGUUUUCAGUAGCUUAAGAAAACCCAUUCCAUCUCUUUCCCUAACAAAAGUAAUGAAGACUCUUCUUUUACUCUUUAACCAUCAUCUUCCGUGCAGUUCAUGCUGCAAUUCCAAGCAUUCUUGGCACCAAUUUGAUAGAUAGAACCUGCAGGCAAACACCGUGUUACGAACUCUGCGUGUCAUCUUUUUUAGCACACACUCAGGGCAAGGAUGUUGAUGUUAAAGAUCUAGCCAGGAUCAUGGUUUUCACCAUUGAAGCAAAGGCAACACAUACCCUUCAUCGUAUUAAUGAACUACUUGAACAUAGUAAAGGCCUCAGCCAUAAGAAGCGAGAAGGAUUAAAAGCUUGUGCUGAGCGUUAUAAUAGCAUCCUCAAAGCAGAUGUUCCUCAGGCCUUGCAAGGUCUGAAAAAAGGUAACUAUAAGUUUGCAGAAGAAGGCAGUUUUGAUGCUGCUACUGAAGCCAUGUCCUGUGAGGACGAAUUCUCUUCAUGCAAAUCAGCGUCGCCGAUUUCUGAAAUGAACAGCUUGGUGCAUGAUGUCUCCAUUGUGGCUGCUUCCAUUGUUCAGAUUAUGCUAAGCAAUUGAGAGACAUGUUUAGUUUUCAAACUGUCCUGCAGUAAUUUCCUAAAUAAUUUUUGAGGAGCUGUUUGUUUAUGAGAAUAUAUUGAAUCAUUUUUGCAUAAAACAAAGUUUCAACUUUUACUCUUCCUUAGAUUCUUCUCCUCCUCCUCUUAAGAAGAUUAUUCAGUCUCUUCAUAAUCUGCAUAUGUUUACCAUGAAUUAUACUAUAAGCGAUCAUCUCUGGCUUUCUUUCUACUGGUUAAUUUGCUUGCCUUCAGACGUGGCAC